UAAUGCAUUAUAUUGAAGAGGAAGAUCCCCCAAAAAAUACAUUACACUAUAAAAGUAGAGAGAUUUAUUAAAAGGUUUCCAACAAACUAAUCUCGAAAUCUCCGGAGAAACAAGAAAUGGAUUCUGCUGAGAAGGGUUUGCUCGUCCGAGAAGGAGAAGAAGAAGAAGUCAUUAACACGAAAGAUGUGUUGCUCCGGGAGAUGGGGAGGCUCAGCUACAUCGCAGGUCCAAUGGUCGCGGUGAACUCGUCCAUGUACUUUCUUCAAAUCAUAUCGAUAAUGAUGGUUGGUCAUCUCGGUGAGCUUUACCUCUCAAGCACAGCCAUCGCCAUUUCUUUCUGCAGCGUCACUGGUUUCAGCCUCGUCUUCGGACUUGCUAGUGCUUUGGAGACUCUAUGUGGUCAAGCUUACGGAGCUAAGCACUUCGAGAAGCUCGGAGAACAUACUUACACAGGGAUGUUAGCUCUCUUCGUUGUCUCUAUCCCUCUCUCUGUUCUGUGGAGUUACAUGGGCGAGAUACUCUCUUUCAUCGGACAAGACCCUCAGGUUUCUCAAGAAGCCGGGAAGUUUGCGACCUGGCUCAUACCAGCUCUCUUCGGUUACGCGACGAUGCAGCCUCUUGUUAAGUUUUUCCAAGCGCAGAGUCUGAUUCUGCCUCUGAUGAUAAGCUCCGUCUCUGCUGUGUGUUGCCAUGUUGUUCUCUGCUAUAGCUUAGUCUUCAAGUUCGGGCUUGGAAGCAUUGGUGCAGCUAUAGCCAUCAGCGUUUCUUACUGGCUAAACGUGCUUGUGCUUGGAUCGUACAUGACGUUUUCUUCCACUUGUAGCAAGAGCCGUGGGAAGAUCUCCAUGAGUGUGUUUCAAGGGAUGAGAGAGUUUUUCCAGUUUGGUAUCCCAUCUGCAUCCAUGAUUUGCCUAGAGUGGUGGUCGUUUGAGUUUCUUGUGAUGCUCUCUGGUAUCUUACCGAACCCUAAGCUUGAAGCCUCUGUUCUCUCAGUUUGUCUAUCAACAAUCUUCACACUGUACCAAAUACCAGAGAGUCUAGGCGCAGCAGCAAGUACAAGAGUUGCAAACGAACUAGGAGCUGGAAACCCGAAAAAAGCUCGAAUGGCGGUGUACACGGUGAUGGUCAUGACAGGAGUAGAAUCAGUACUGGUGGGUGCAACAGUCUUUGCAGCAAGAAACGUAUUUGGUUACUUGUUUAGCUCUGAAACCGAAGUUGUGGAUUACGUAAGAUCAAUAGCUCCUCUGGUUUCUUUAUCAGUCAUAUUCGACGCCCUUCACGCUGUUCUUUCAGGUGUGGCUAGAGGAUCAGGGAGGCAAGAUAUUGGAGCAUAUGUAAACCUAGCUGCAUACUAUCUAUUUGGAAUACCAACUGCUAUUAUAUUAGCUUUUAGGUUUGACAUGAGAGGAAGAGGACUCUGGAUUGGUAUUACAGUUGGUUCAUUUGUACAAGCUGUUCUGCUUGGUCUUAUCGUCAGCCUCACCAACUGGAAACAACAGGCGAGAAAGGCGAGAGAGAGAGUGAUGGGUGAGGAGUUUGAAGAGGAGAAAGAUAAUGUGGAAGAACGUGUAGCGCUGAUCAGCUAAAAGUCUAAAACCAAAAGACUUUUGAAUCAUUUAAUGUUGAAUGUGCACAUGUGUUUUGGCCUCUUUCUUUCUUGUGACAAAUGAUAUAAUAAGAGGUUAAUGAUCAUUAAUCAAA